CUCUUGUGCGAAGUUAUCUUUUUUGCUUUAGUGAAAUUAAACUACUUUUUUCUACAUAAAACAGUAUAAUCACUCACUUAUGUCUCUGGGAGUAGGGUUGAUUAGUAAAAUCAGUUGGUGGGUUUAGCACCCAGAACGUCAAUAUCAGAAUAAGGAAAGAAAAGAAUAAUAGUAGGUGUGCACUGUGUCUGCUAGCUAGUAAUUAUAUCUUUGAUUAAUUAAAGAUUUCUCUUCCAUAAGAUGGGAUGCAUUUCAUUAGGGUCGAGCUGCUCACACAGGAGGAUCCACAGCCACAAUAGCUCUAAUUAGAGCAAGAUCAUGAAGAAAAUGAUCAAGGUUUAGAGCUUAGAAAUACACAGCUUAAUUAGAUGGGAGAACUCAGUGACCAAGAUAAGAAAAUAGAGAUGACAACCACUCCGAUUUAUGAUGACGAUCACCCCAAAAGGAAUUCUUCAGAACACCAUCAUCUUUAUUUUCCUCCUCCAUCGAAUCAUCUACAAGGUGAUCCAUAUCCAAGCUUGACGAUCGUUAAGUACAGAGAAUGUUUGAAGAACCACGCAGCGAGCAUGGGGAGCCAUGUUGUGGAUGGAUGUGGAGAGUUCAUGCCAAGCGGAGAAGAAGACGCCACGGAAUCUUUAAGAUGUGCUGCUUGUGGAUGCCACCGGAAUUUUCAUCGGAAAGAAACAGAAGUCCCUUCUUCUCUUCAUCAGCAACAUAACAGAUUGAUUCCACCAAUGAUGGUGGCCUUCGGAGGGGUGCCAGUGGAGUCCUCCGGCGAAGAUCUCCAUGUUCUGCGGCCUAAUAGCGGAGGGCAGCUGGCAGUGCAGGCAUCACUCUCGAAGACGAAGAGGUUUCGGACCAAGUUUACACAAGAACAGAAGAGGAGGAUGAUGGAAUAUGCUGAGAAGCUUGGGUGGAAGAUCCAGAAAAAUGAUGAACAAGAAGUACGGCAAUUCUGUUCUCAGGUUGGAGUGAACAGGCAGGUUUUCAAGGUUUGGAUGCACAACAAUAAGCAAAGGACGAAGCAGCAGCAAGUGUAAGCCAAGAACCCUCAAUCUCCCAAAUUAAUAAUGCUGUUUGGAAAAAAAAAAUAACAACAACAAUAUCAGAAUUUCUGAGUGAAGAAUUAGUUUACAGUUGUCUUCUUUGAAAUAACUCGUGUUCUUUGACUAAAAAUAGACGGUAAUAGAAAUAUGCAUUUCCUUCUCC